UCCUUUGCGGCGGCGGCGGCGGCCAGAGAGCGAGAGUACGAAGUGCGGCAACCCGAGUCAUGGCAGGACAGGCAUUUAGAAAGUUUCUUCCCCUCUUUGACCGAGUAUUAGUUGAAAGAAGUGCACCCGAAGUUGUAACCAAAGGAGGCAUUAUGCUUCCAGAAAAAUCGCAAGGAAAAGUAUUGCAAGCAAUGGUAGUAGCUGUUGGAUCAGGCUCUAAAGGAAAGGGUGGAGAGAUUCAACCAGUUAGUGUGAAAGUUGGAGAUAAAGUUCUUCUCCCAGAAUAUGGAGGCACCAAAGUAGUUCUAGAUGACAAGGAUUAUUUCUUAUUUAGAGAUGGUGACAUUCUUGGAAAAUAUGUCGACUAAAAUAAGUCACUAUUGAAAUGGCAUCACGUGAAGC